CGGAGCUUUCCCUGGAUGGCUCACGUGGCGCUCGCUCUUGGGGGCCUGGUGUGGAAGGUUUGCUUUUUUCACGAAUGCUGAGAAUUUAACUGAUAACUCUCAGAAGGUCUCGCAUGCUUCCCCGAUUGCGGAAAAACGCCUGGCGGGGAGCUGACCAGGUCUUCAAAACUGUGGUGAGAGUUUAACCGAUAACUCUCAGAAGGUCUCGCGUGCUUCCCCGAUUGUGGGAAAACGCCUGGCGGGGAGCUGACCAGGUCUUCAAAACUGUGGUGAGAGUUUAACCGAUAACUCUCAGAAGGUCUCGCGCGCUUCCCCGAUUGCGGGAAAACGCCUGGCGGGGAGCUGACCAGGUCUUCAUGUGGAAGGAGGAGGAGGAGGAGGAGGAGGAGGAAAGGAAGGACGUUGCAAGACGAGAGGAAACGACUGAUGCUGCUUGGCGGCUUCGCACUGCCAUUAAACGAUGCUCACGGUCUCCGGCCUGACCUUGCAGGUUGUGAUAACGCAGACGCAGACGCGCGAGUCCGCCGGCCGGCGGGCCGGCAGGCCCCUUAGGGGCGGCGCGGGCGGGCCGGAGCCCAGUCACUUGCAUCUGAAAGUAGGGCAACCGUCAGGUAAGCUGCACUGAAUGCUAUGAUAAGAUAUUGCAUCCGAAACGAAGGUUACAGACGAAAGGUAAGCUACACUGAAUGCCGCGCUGCAGAGACCAGACAUUGCAAGACGAGAGGAAGCGACUAAUCAUGCUUGCUCAAUGAAAGCAUACGCGUCUGCAAAAUCCUUGGUGUUUGCACUGCAGACUUUCCGCACAUGGUGAACCAUCGGGCAAUAAUUUGAAGCACCCGCUGCUUGUACCACACUGGCCGUCGUGAUUGCAGCCUGGGAACGGGUCCUGGUCGCGGUUGCACCACAAUGUCGCGUCCAAGCCGGCGCACAUGCAUGCUUCACAUUUGUCCCUGAAGUUAUCUCUCAAACAGCAAUUAUCAUUGUAGACAGAGCUGGGGCCACGACACGGUACGGAAAAAAGACUGAGGUUCGGUUGCUUUGACUCGAAUUUGACAAUGCCGUGGGCGUUCGUGGUAAUCAGACAUGUCAUGCUUUCCUGGUUUCAUCAAGUACAACCGCUGGCCAAAAACGUUCUGAAGGUGGGGGUCGCCAAUGGCAGCCACGUCUGCGCCGGCUCCACCGCUCUGCCCGGCAGUCUGCAGCAGGGCGUGCGCCUCCUCCUCCUCGCCCUCGGCGCAGGCGGCCCCCGCGCCGCCGCUGCCGCCCGCAAGGGCCGGCGCGGCGAGGAGCAGGAGGAACAGGGCCGGCGCCCACAUCUCGAGCGCAGCUCUGCGAGAGGGGGGUGCGGGCACGGCUCGACCUGAACUCGUUGAGCCAAGGCUUGAGCCC